GUUCAAUGAUUGCCAAUUUCCAGAACGUCUUCUUCCCCAAAUCCCAGCGCUGCGAUGUCGUGUGCGCGCUACAAACAUCUCCUUUUCUCGAUUCUCCUCCUCGAUUUUACUUUCACCAAUCAAUUCAUCCAAGCUCAAACCCUAAUCGGCCCUAAUUUUGACGAAGCGCUUCUGCCCUUCGGUUCACACGCAAUCACCGGCACUCUAUCCACCCACUGCAAUCGCCACGAAUUCGACGGUACUAUCCCUUUCACUUUGCGUAACAACUGCCCCUUCACAGUUUGGGCCGCCGCCAUACCAGGCGGUGGCCGACAGCUCCAAACCAACGAGGCUUGGGUUAUCAACGUACCCUCCGGCACGACAGGAGGUCGCAUUUGGGGCAGAACAAACUGUUCCUUCGACAAAUCUGGCCGUGGAAAUUGCCAGACCGGAGAUUGCGGCGGCGUUCUUCAGUGCGUAACCUUCGGUUCCCCACCCAAUACUCUUGCUGAAUUUUCACUUGACCAAGUUAACCAUCUGGAUUUCUUCGACGUAUCUCUCGUCGACGGGUUUAAUAUCCCGAUGGAAUUCACACCGACGUCUAACGGAUGCAGCAGGGGCGUCCGUUGCGCCGCCGAUAUCAACGGGCAGUGCCCUAAGGUGUUGAAGGUGGCCGGCGGCUGUAACAAUCCGUGCACAGUGUUCAAGACCGAUGAGUAUUGUUGCAGUAAUGCUUCCACGAGUUGUAAGCCCACAAAUUAUUCGAAGUUUUUCAAAGGUCAGUGUCCGGAUGCUUACAGCUACCCCAUGGAUAAUGCAAACAGCACAUUUACUUGUCCUGGCGCUGGCGCGACUAACUACGCCGUCGUGUUCUGCCCCUCCUAGAGCUGGUUCAGGAUAACUCAACCACUUACAAGUUAAAUCGAGGAGGUGACUAUUGGACAAACUUAACACGUAGGAAUGUAACUAGGUUUGUUUGCAAAGUGUUACAUUGGAAGGGUAAUGUCUGUUGAUCCUUUUGUGUAGGUUCAAGAUAACUCAACACUUCCGAACUAAAUCAAGAUGGUGACUAUUGAACAAACUUAGCAUGUAGGAAUGUAGCUAGGUUUGUUCGCAAAGCGUUGCAUCGAAAG